AUGAGAAGUUUGUCAGUAGCAGCAGCGAUUUUCGCUGUGGUAUUCUCUACCCAAUUGAUCAAUUCAAUCCUCGCCGUUCCGUCACCGACGGCGGCGAAGCCACAGCGUCGGAACCCAAGUACCGAUUUCAUCAGAACUUCCUGCAAAUCGACGAUGUACCCGAUGCGCUGCUACAGAACCCUGUCCCCUUACGCCUCCGAGAUCGGGUCCGACCCGAAGAAACUGGCGAUGAAGGCGCUAAACGUGACCCUGAAAGUGACGAAAUCGGCGUCCAAGCUGAUGAAGAGGAUGUCCAGGAUCCCCGGCGUGCCGGCGGCGCUGGCGGACUGCGUGGAGGAGGUGGAGGACGCGGUGGACGAGCUGGGCAAGUCGAUCGGCGAGAUGGGCCGGGCCCCGGCCCAAGGACCCGAGUUCUGCCGGAUGAUUGGGGACGUGCAGACGUGGGUGAGCGCGGCGGAGACCGACGACGACACCUGUACGGACGGGUUUGAGGAGGUGCCGACGGACUCGCCGGGGGUGAAGCGGAAUGUGAAGAAGAUAGUGGAGAAGCACGUGGGGAGAAUUGCUCGGUUCACUAGUAAUGCUUUGGCUCUGGUUAACCUCUAUGCUUCUUCUUCUUCCAGGUCUCGUCAUGUUAAGUGUUAG